AUGACUUCAACCUUCACUACAGGAGAGCACCCGAUGCAGCCAUACACUGAGCUCAACGCUCACCGUGCUAGUACUCCCAGCGAUGUCCAGUUUCCAACGUCAUCCGAAGAUUAUCCUCUUGCCUUGCAGCCUCGCACUCUGAACUUUUCCCAUCAUUUGGACAUCCAUCAUGGCGUCAGUCAAGUCGAAGAUACCUUCUCCGAAUACCUUCAGCGGUCGCACGUCCCUUCACCCAAUGUUAUGGAUGAUUAUGGCGUAACAAUUGAUGCCACUCACCUGCCUUUGGACAAUCACUAUCCCGGUCUCCUCAACGCACUCAACCCUGCCACCGAUACCGCGUCUUGGCUCGCGCUCUUUGACACUUACCCACAUCACGGAUCCUUCAGCCCAGUCGAGGUGAAUCCUCCUCACCAGGACAUCACGAGAAACUUCUCCUUUGCAAGCAGUUCAACGACCAAUUCAGCCAUUGCGGGGAGCUGCCUCAGUGGCACAGGGUUACGUCCUCCAGCCGAACACCUUACCGACGCCAGUAUCCCCGAGCCCGGCUAUCCUUCUGCUCUCAAUACCGAUCCCUUCGGUUCGGCUCAUCCUUACCAGGUAGCGUCAAGGACUGGCUUCGAGAUGCGAUAUGGGGAAUCUAUUAAGGCGCCUUCACCAGUUGGCGGUUGUGAGUGGGGUGGUAUCCAGCCAAUGGACGGUAUUGCGUACAGAAGCUCCCGAGCCGAACUUCUUCCUCCGCCGUCGCCGCCUUCGCAGGCGUACUUCGAGCCUCAGGGUGGUAUUGACUUCCCACUUUUCGAACACGGAGAUGUAAUUGGAGCAAAUAUGCAGACGCCGGCUUACAAUAUGGAGAUCGAACUGGUGGAGAGAAACCAUGAUCCCGACGUCAAUGUCGUGAACAAUCGGCAUGGAGGAGGCGGGUUACAACGACCUACACCGCUACAUGCCAAACAUCAAAGCAAGACGGUUUCACCAGCAAAGAAACGCACCGCCACCGCGAUAGGAAAAGCUCCCCACGAUAUCGUUUUAUCCUCGUCCAUCGUCUCGCUAGCCUUUCCGGCGCUGAACAGACACACCAUCGUGCUAUAUUCUCCUUUGCGCACUCCCCGCACUCCUAUCAACAACCACACAAUGGACUUCUUCGUGUCCCUCAACUACCUCGUUCCUGCUCCCGAGGAGACUACAGUCCCGUCUGUCCCAGUCGACGAGGACGACGGAGGAAGCGGUGGCAACUCUUACUGUGUCGUCGCUUGA